AUGUCCAGACUAGAAAUCUACUCACCAGAGGGGCUACGUGUCGAUGGACGUCGUUGGAACGAGCUACGUCGACUAGAGUGCUCAAUAAAUACGCACGCCAAUGCGUCCGAUGGUUCUUCAUAUUUAGAACAGGGCAAUAACAAGAUCAUUACGCUCGUGAACGGGCCUCAAGAGCCUAAACUGCGUUCGCAAACCAACGUGACAAAGGCAGUGCUCUCGAUUGCUGUCAACAUCACCAGAUUUUCCAAGACUGAAAGAAGCAAGUCAUCUCAUAGAAACGAAAGGAGAGUGCUAGAGAUGCAAACUGCUCUAGCACGCACUUUCGAGAAAAACAUACUGCUGCACUUGUAUCCUCGGACUCAGAUCGACAUUCAGAUUCAUGUUUUGCAACAAGACGGCGGGCUCAUGGGCUCCUUAAUCAAUGGAAUAACACUAGCUUUAAUCGACGCAGGUAUUGCCAUAUACGACUACAUCAGUGGGGUUUCCAUCGGACUUUACGACACAACACCACUCCUGGAUCUGAACACGGUCGAGGAAAGUGCCAUGAGCAGCGUGACAUUGGGUGUUAUGGGCAGAUCAGAGAAAUUAUCACUUCUGCUAGUGGAGGAUAAACUACCACUGGAUACGAUGGAAAGCGUUUUAGCCAUUGGGAUCGCUGGCUCGCAUCGCAUAAGAGAACUCAUGGACAAGGAACUGAGAAAACACGGCGAAAAGAGACUCGCAAACAUAUCGUCCAACCAAUAA